AUACGGUACAUACGAUUAUAACGGCGACAGUCUUUGGCAAGGAAAAUCAACGUAUGACCUGUCCACGUUGCAAUGCUGAUAUAAGUACGCGUGUAGAAUCGGCAGCGAACAUGAAAACACAUCUGCUCGCAUUACUCCUCUGUUUAGGCGGAUGUUGUUGUUGCGCACCGUUACCUUACUGCAUGGAUUCUUGUCUGGUCCACAAACAUUACUGUCCAGCGUGCAGUUUCUUCCUUGGCGUAUCCAAAAAUUAAUCAAUUUUUGCACUAAUUGCGAUAAAAAUAUAAGAAAAUACUGCAGAAUUAGGGUAACUCCGGUAUA